AUGCGGCGCUUACACAUCGCAAGGCGGACAUUCUCCUCACACCAUAAGCAGCCAUUCGCCCUCCCACCCCCAAAGCUCAUUUCAACCUCCCACCUGCUUGAUGAGGAACGCGUGCCAUGGUACGAGGAGAACCGAUUCUACCCCGCAAAACCUGGUGAGGUUCUCGCCGAGCGCUUCCAGAUCCUGGUCAAAAUUGGCUACGGUAGCUCCUCAACAACAUGGCUUGCCCGUGAUAUGCGGAAGAUGUAUGUAACUGUCACAAUCUUAUCGCUGGCUUGUGUGCUAAAGAUCACCAGCGACUUCAGCGAUGGCGAGUUCGUGGCAGCAUUGAAAAUCAACAACUGCGAGGGUGCUGUAUCUGAGCGCGAGCUCGAAAUAGAAAAGCAUAUCGCAAAGUCUGGCUCGUCGCAUGGUGGGCGUGCACUUCUACGAACACACUUGGAGUAUUUCGAAGUGGAAGGGCCAAGGGGUAAACAUCUCUGUUUGGCUUAUCCACCUAUGAGGGAGCCUCUCUGGCGCUUUCAGAGACGGUUUGAAGACUCGGUUAUUCCAUUUCCGCUUCUUAAAGUAUAUCUUCUUGUCCUGCUGAAAGCCUUGGACUGUCUCCACACCGCUUGUGGUGUUGUUCAUUCAGGGAAGUACUUUAUUUUCGAAUUGAAUGAUUUUCACAUCAUGAUGCCCUUCGAAGAUGGCGAGGUGCUGUCUGGAUUUCUGAAUCAGCGUUUAGAGAAGCCAGCUGAAUACAAAAUCGAUGCUGUUGGUCGACACGUCUUUCGCCAUGACAGUGAUUUUGGGGAUCUAAGACCCUCGUGGAUGAGUAUGACCCCGCAUAUUGUUGAUUUCGGGUCGUCUUUGCAGCUCCAUGGUGAGACUGGACGGGGGCUUUUUCCGAUUCAACCGAAUCAUUACCGUGCACCAGAGGUCACGCUUGGGUUUCCUUGGAACAGGAGUGCAGAUAUUUGGAGUCUUGGAACUUUGAUUUGGGAUAUGGCUCAGGAUACAGAGCUUUUUCAGCAAGCUCAAGAUUCGAAUGGAAAUUACGAUUCGAAAGCCCAUCUUGCAGAAAUGAUCGCCUUGCUAGGUCCGCCUCCUCCAGGGUUUAUUGAAGCAUCCCACUCCACACUCUUGUUAAAGUGGCCGCAGAAGAUAAAAAUCUACGGGGGCGAGCUAUGUGAAAAUGCAAUGGAGAUGUUCGGAGGUCCAUUUUUCGACGAUGAUGGCAAAUUUCUCCAUGAACAUCUAAUACCCGACCGAAAGAUCGAAGAUACGCUACCCCUACUGGAAGAAAAAGACAGAACUGAACUCUUAUCGUUCGCAAAGAAGAUGCUUACCUGGGAUCCAGAGGCAAGAGCAACUGCUCGCGAACUGCUAGAGCAUCCAUUCUUGAAGCUUGAAUAA